CGAGGCUAUGCGCUUAUGGCUUAUGCCGUGCGGUGCCGCUCCCCGUACCGGGCCGGUCCGUGCCUGCCGUUCUCUGGCGGGCCGGGCCGUGCCGCCCGGCGGGCGCACCCAGCAGCCCAGGCACGACCUGGUAAAAUGGGCCGGGCUGGCCUGGGCACGAAGCCAACCGGGCCGGGCCGUGCUUGGACCGGGCCAAAAAAACGGGCCUCGUGCCGGGCUCCCGUGCUCUGGGCUGCAUGCUCAUCUAUACAUGCAUCCCAUCCAUCAUGCACCGUCGCUUUCUCUCACCUCAGAAACCCCUUUCCACUCCUCCACCUGAUCCGCCGGCCCGGCCACCGGUUUUCCAUUCGCAUUGCUUGCUUUGCUUCGCUUUGCUCUGCUUGCAUUGCCUGGGACGAAUACAGCACCUCUCCGUCCAGGCCCCUGCUGCCCCGAGUCCGAGAUCCCCUAUAUAAGUGUCCGUCUUCCUGCACCAUUUCCCACCAGCGGCGAGCUAUAACAAAACAGUCAGGCAGCGAGCUACGUAUGGAGCAGCCGUGGAACCAGAACCAGCAGAGGGAAGCCGGCGGCUUCGGCUUCGGCGUCGCCAUGGGCGAGAGCAGCUGCCACGCCGCCGCCGACCUUGGCCAGGGAGGCGCAGGCCUGUGCGAGGUCGACGGGGCGCUCCUCCUCAUGGAGCUGAUGCAGGAGCAGGACCCGCCCUCCUCCGACUUGCUUCUUCUAGAUGGCGAUGGGGAUGGCGAUCGCCGGCUGAGCCAUGUCAUCCGGUCCCUCGAGGCAGAGAUCGGCGGCGGUGAGGCGGUAGCGAUGGUCGCCGACGACGAUGGCGGUGUGAGCAUGGACAGGAUCGAGGAUGCGCUGUCGUCGGACGGCACCGAUGGCUACGACUACGAAGGCGCAUGCGCGUCGUCGUCGUCGUUCGGGUAUUGGCCGCCGUCGUCCUUGUUGUUAGCCGGUGGGUAUGAUGACGCGGAGGGUUGGUGCGUCUACGCUAAUGGGUAUGAGGGUCCUGGCGGUCAUGUUGUAGGGUACGAUGACUACUGCUGUUGCGCAGAAGGUUCUGCUGAGCUCAUGUAUCUCCCGCUGUGGGAAUGAAUAUAUAUAUAUACUACUUCAGUGUAGGUGUU